AAAUGAAAUUUUCAAAAGCAGAGAGUGAUGCUGAUGAUGCUAUUAAGGAAGAGAAAUAUCGAACCGAUGAGGUCAAGAAAGAGAUGACAUUACAAAUAGAGAUAACGUCUGAAAAACUGACUGAAAAAGCCAAGCGUCUGCAGGAUUUCGAAAAGAUUUAUUUUGAAAUGGAACAGGAAAAUACUGAUCUCCGCUCCAUACAAAAGAAACUUGAAAUAGAUAACCGGCUGACUGGAGAUAAAAUGGAAGAAAUGAAGGGCAAUAUCGGAAAAACUUUAGAGAAAAAUAAAGAGCUAAUGAUCCAGUUAGAUUCAGCGCACGAGGAGUGUUUGGAAAUGGAAAGAGAGCUCAAAAUGAAAAAUGAAGAACAUUACUCACUUCAGAAACAUUUUCGUGAUAUUACUCACGAGAAUGAAAGACUGUCAAAUGAACUGAAGAUUUCGUCUGAUAAGCUGAUUGAAACAUCAAAAAGUAUACAAGAGUUUGAAAGGAGGUGUUUUGAAUUGGAGCAGGGAAAUGUGAAACUCUGCUCUAAACAGAAGACUUUCCAUCAGAUGCUGAUAGCAGCUGGUUUGUCCACUGGACUGAUCACGUCAGACAAACAAGAGAUAGAUAUUGGAAUGAUAGUUCAAUCGUACCAAGAGUUAAAAGAACGGUGUUCGAAACUUGAAUCACAGGUCGAGGAUGGGGUGAUUUCGUGUAUUAUAUCUCCAUCGGAUGGGCAGUGCGGCUCUGAAUUAGAAGCACUUAAAUUCAAGAUAAGUUGCCAAGAUAUUAUGAUCACCAAACUCCGGUACAGUUUAUCAACGUUUCAACAGAGUGCAUUGUCAAACAAAGGAUCUUUAGAAACAAGUGAUGUUCCAACAGUAGACAGAGCUGUCUUGUCGUUGAUACCUCCAGAAGAAAUCCCAACCGUGAUGGAAUCGCAACUAGAACCUUGGGACAAAGACGACACCAAGGCAAUUGGCAAAGGCACAUUCGGAGUGGUCUUUCUGAAACGACUUGAAAGCGAUCCAGUGGCCGUCAAGGUUCAAGGUAUACACAAAGGCAAGAAAGUCAACGAAGACGACGCCAAGAGAGCGAUGUCCUUGAACCACGCCAGGACUAUGAAGGAAGUGGCGGUACUGCGUCUCCUUGGGGAACACCAAGCAUUCCCAAGAUGUCAUGGGUACACCAAGUAUACCAGUUUUCCAGGACUCGUCCUAGAGUUCCUGGGUGACAAAGAUACAAGAGAUGUGCAUUCGCUAAGCAAGGCCAUCAAGACCAAGAAUCCUACAUUGUCGGAUCAAGAAUGGUUGAGCGUCGUUGUUGAUAUCACCGAAGGCAUCCACGCCAUGCAUGAGAGAGACCUCCUUCACAACGACAUAAAACCGAACAAUAUCCUACUCCACAGAAAUGACAGAUGGAAGGCUUACAUCAUUGACAUGGGUAAUGUCACCACGGUGACCAUGCCACAUAAGAAUCGCAACCUGACCAAUCACGAGAUGGAAGGAUACAGAUUGGGUGUGGUCUAUCAGCAUCUCGCUCCUGAAUACAUCUUAGAUGGAGAGUACAGCAGCAUCCAAUCUGAUAUAUUCUCUCUUGGGAGGAUCAUUCACUAUAUCUCUCGCGUUAUUCAUAAUUCGGAUUUAUUCAAUCUUGCUACAUUGAUGAUCAACAGCCACCCUCAUCUCAGACCUUUAUGGAAAGACAUCAUUCGAGUCAUCAAGAACAAGAAUCAGCGGGCAUGUCAAUAGCAUGUAAAUUUGGAUUCUCCUGUAUGAACUUAUGAAAUGUUCUUAUCCCGGGUUCUUAUUCGUUGAUGCCACAGUCACACAAACGAAACCGACUCCAGACCGAUCAAAUCCGUCAUUUUAUUUCCUAUGGAUCGAUAUUAUCGAUCAGAAAAGUCCUGUCGAGUUCCUACGGGAGUUACCACAAACAGA